AGAGAGAGAGAGAGAGAGAGAGAGAGAACUAAAAAAUAUAUAUAAAUAGAAUAAACGAAUAAAAAGAAACUUUGGACAAAAUGGUGUAUUCUUUUCUUUACAACGAUUCUAACGAAGACGUUGGUUUAAAAUUCAAGGAUUAUAUUUAUGUGGAUGGUACUGAAGAUAUGGACAGAAUAUAUUACCCAGGGAAAAUCGAAAAUCUACGCAAACCCUGGAUACAAGAACCACAUUUUAUUCUCACAGUCGUUGUUUACAGCAUCUGUUUUAUAGUUGGUCUCAUUGGAAACGGUUUGGUAGUUUUUGCUAUGUGCGCUGAUAAGAAAAACCGAAGUGUAACUACUUCGUUUCUGGUUAGUCUUGCUUUGGCUGAUUUACUCUUCUUGUUGGUCUGUGUGCCGUACGAAGUGACCAAAAGUUCAAUAGCUCAUUGGUCCACUGGAAUUUUUUUGUGUAAAUUCACUGGAUUCAUUGAAAUGUUAACAGCCGUUGGAUCGAUUUUCAACCUUACAGCGGUCAGCAUCGAAAGAUACAUCGUCAUUGUCCAUCCUAUGAGGUCUCGUUUGUUAUGUACCCUGGGUAAUACCAGGAAGAUACUAUGUGUCUUAUGGAUAAUUUCCAUAUUCAUUUCUUGCCCGGCCUUGUACAUGAUGGGCACAGAAUCUCAGAAAUUCCACAACAAUGGAACUGAAGUAAUGUUGAUAUACUGUGUCGACGCGACACUCCCGAGAUUUCAACAGCUGGCCUACUGUAUCUACCAAUUCGUUACAAUGUUUGUAGCUCCUACAUUUAUUUUGGCGAUCUGCUACUCAAAGGUCAUAUACGUGUUGUGGGUCAGCACAAAGCAACUGGCUCAGAUGACUUUCACAGAAAGACGACAAGAUGAAUCUAAUGAAGAAGGCAAGCAGAAGCAAUCUUUCAAAGGCAUGACCAGUAACCGUAAUUACCGUACUUUGGCAUCACCAACCAGUUCCGGUGUUAAUGAGCGGGCAAGCAGUAGUGAAUGCUGCAACAGCGCUGCCAACAAAACUGGUUGUGGAAGCGGUGACUGCGUUAGUGGCGGUGCAUGUAAAAAAGACUCUCCUCAAACGCAGACUUCUGAUCACAAGAAGUCACCCCGCCCAUGCCCUGUACUGAAACGCAUGCCCAAAGAACAAAGUGCUGAAGUGUUACAUAAACGUAGGCAGGUGAUCAAAAUGCUCCUUGCAAUUAUUUUGAUCUUUUUGCUAUGUUGGGGCCCAAAGCUGCUAUUCCGAUUAAUGAGACGCGUUGAUACUGCUCCGUAUUUCACGAGUCCAAGUUUAUUCAUUAAGAUAAUCUUCGACUUUUCGCCGUACAUUCAGUCAUGUAUUAAUCCAGUGGUGUAUUUCUUCAUGUCACGAAACUUCCGUAAGAGCAUGCGCUAUGUGUGCCACAAAUACUGCCAUUGCUUUGAGGGCAGCGGAGCGAAGGAUGUAUUCGAACUUGAGACGAAAACCAUGGACGGUAAUAGCAUAUCAACCAGAGGUACGAACUACUGUCGAACUGUAAUCAGCAACGAUGGAGAAAAGACCUGUUGACGACCAGACAACCUAAAAGCAUUUUAGUUAAGAUCGUUAGAUGUACACUAUAUAAAUCAUGAAUACUCAUGCUUACACAGGUAUACACACAUAUGCACACACACACACACACACACACACAUAUAUAUAUAUAUAUAUUAAUCUAUCUAGCUUUCUACUUAUGUAUAUACACAUACACAAGUACAUACAUUCAUACGCACACAUACAUACACAAGCAUGCAUACAUACACACGUGUGUGUGUGUGUGUGUGUGUGUGUGCAUUCACGAAUAUAUAAUAAUGCUAUAUGAGUAUAUUUUUUGUGUGUAUGCAUGUUUGUAUACAUUUUAAACUUGGCCAAAAACACACUUAAUUCCCUUUCUAUUUUGUGAAAAUGCUUCUGAUCUGCAGGAAAACUGAUAUUGAACUGUGCUGACGACGUCGAAUAGACCGAAACAUACAUAUCAUUUUCCUUUAGCUGCAAUAGAGAUCAGACUGUCUUUUCCCUACUAUGUAAAUUACCGAUGAAUUUUCUUGAAAUUAUCUCCCCUUCUCCUUGAGAGUCAUAAAAAAAAAUACUAGAUUUAUAUUUACUGUCUCCAACAAAAAGAAACACUCUAAAAAGAAUGAAAUAUUUAUUGUGUAUGACAUUCAGUAUACAACCCUUUAAGGUAAUCCAAAUUCAUAUCAUCACCCUCUUAAGUUAUUUCGCUGUAUAUAUUGGUACAUGCAUACGUGUAUGUAUGUAUGUAUGUAUGUAUGUAUGUAUGUAUGUAUGUAUGUAUGCAUGCAUGCAAGCAUGUAUGUAUGUAUGUAUGUACCUACGUACGUAUGUAUGUAUGGUAUGUGUGUAUGUAUUAUGUAUGUAUGUAUUUAUG